AUGCCGAACACUGCGCUUCCCGCCCAGGAGACCAUAUCCUCCAAUCAGCAAUAUGGUGACCAUGAUAGGGAUCAGAGUGUAGAAUAUUCUUCUGAUUCUAAUAAUGACCAUGCUGGUCCGAAUGGCACCAGAGGCCUGAAGCGAAAACGCCCCCUCACCGUCUCGUGCCCAAGCUGCGGCUGGUGUACCCGCAAUGGCCAUCUAUGUGAAUACAAAGAACGAAAGAAGCCUGGGUUGAGAGCUGGAUAUGGAAAAGAGUUGGAGCAACGACUUGAUCGAUUGGAAGAAAUCAUCCAAUCGCAAGCGCGGCUUAUUGAGAUGCACAUCCUACGGGGCGAGUCCUCAAUGUGCCGUGAGCUGCCCCACACAGGGCCUCUUUCAUAUAGCUCUCCUUCAGAGCCGUCAGCGGCCCAUGGUCCAAGCCCCGCUACUGCCCUCUACUUCAAUGACCCUGGGCCUUCUGUCACCCUACCCUCACGCCGUGCAGAUGUAUCUACCAACAGUCCAUCCGAUGUUUCGGUGAAGAAUGUCUCGCAUAGCCAUCUGCAACACGGCAUCCCAGUGACACCAGUCGGUCCGUUGGUACAUGCCCACAAUGUACAUCCUGACUAUACAGCGAAUGAAUCAUCUUUGAAGGUUCCUGUUAAUAUCUUCUCGAGCCAAGAGCAAUCCCUGACCGACCCUGACCUUGAUCUACCGCCAUAUGAUUUGCUCUAUGCUUUGGUAGAUCUGUAUUUUGAACAUAUCAACUCCUGGUGUCCGAUCCUCCAUCGGCGAACAACUUUGGAUACCUUUUUUGGCCCAACACCACUGGAAGAAGCAGAUCGAAUGGUGUUGUAUGCGAUUGUGGCAACAACACUGCGUUUCUCUUCAGAUGCUAGGCUUAAUGACCAAAAUAGAAAGCGCUUCCAUGAUUCCUCCAAACAAAAGGUUGUCUUGUAUGGUCUGGAAAAUUCUUCUGUUAAGGCACUUCAAGCACUUGUGAUUCUGGCCCUUGAUUUGGUUGGAUCUUCCAACGGUCCACCUGGCUGGAAGCUACUUGCUUUAAUCACCCGGUCUGUGGUUCAGUUGGGGUUGGCCGUGGAAACAAAAUCUUCGCUUGUCAACCCUCUCUACCCUUCGAUCUAUACUCUGAGAGCCGUCACACUUUCGGAGCCAGAUUCAUGGAUUGAAGAUGAGAGCAGACGCCGAUUGUUCUGGAUGAUCUAUCUCUUGGACCGAUAUUCCACAAUAGCGACUGCAUUCAACUUUGCCUUGGACGAUAGAGACAUCGACCGUAAACUGCCUUGCAAGGAUGAUUAUUUCAUGAAGAACCAGCCCGUCGAGACAAGGCGGUUCCAAUGCUCUAGCGACCGUGCAGACUACCUAAGUCACGCAGAAAACGUUGGGUCUUUCGGUCUCUAUGUCGAGAUCUUGGGAAUAUUCUCUCGGAUUCAUCUGUUCUUGAAACGACCUGUCGACAUUGGAUCUCUCUCCGAUGUCGAAGAAUGGCAGGCUACCUAUCGCAAACUUGAUAGUGAGCUGACAUCGUGGGAAUUCAAUAUUCCAGCAGAAUAUACCUAUGAAAGCUUGUCUCGACUCUUCAGUGGGCCCAAGCAUGGCCGGGCUUUGUACAGCGAUUGGGUACAAUUACAUGCAACUUACCAAACUGCUGUGAUUCGUCUACACUCUUCGGCUGCAUACCCGACAACUCGGUCUCCAAUUUUCGCACCCUCAUACAGUGCCAGCCAGCGAUGUCUACUAGCUGUCGAAAACAUCCUCUCGGUAUCAAGGUUUGUUGUCGAACACAACAUGCUAGACAAAAUGGGCCCGCCCUUUGCUUUCACUCUUUGGGUCUCCGCGCGCCUGCUCCUCGUCCACGGCUCAACUAUCGCACACACAGUCAGUACCGACAUCGUCUUUUUCGUCGAUACUCUCUUCCAGCUAGGAAAAUACUGGAAAGUUGCCGAGCGAUACAGUAGCAUUCUUCAACGUGUCCUGGACGAGUACAACGAAUACCAACAAUCCAUCGCCACAGAUGGUGAAAGAUCCACGCCCUCAACAGUCAAGAUCCUCGCCGAUAUGCGUCGCUGUGCAUUCGACCUGGACUUUUUGAUCUCGCGCCAGCCACGUGAAUCACCAGCCGACAAUGGCAUCGGAAAGAUCCUUCCGCCCCGUUCGUCCCUGCCAGUAGUCCCCAGUCGCAACUUCGCGCCCAACGAACUGGAGUACCUUGAUGUUUUUGGCUUCUUCAAUGUUCCCCGUGUUCCUCCUGCUCGAGCGCCUGAGUUGGCUACUGCCCAAGCUCAUCUAGAGAUCCCAGAAGCAGUGCCAAACCCAAUGUCAAUUCAUGGAUUGACCGACGCUGGCCCCACACCCUCAAAUGGGUCGGUAGUUGAUGGUGGCCACGCUUCCAAUACGAAUGAGUUCAACAUUACCAACUACUUGAUACCCACACCGGAAACGGACUGGCUGUUCCGACCCUCCUAG